UUUUCUGCAACCCUGCGCAAUGACAAUGUAAUGUGCAAAAGAAAAAAAGGAAAUUGCAAGUUAUUCAGAAAUCGACACAAUUAACAUAGAUGGAGAAGCACAUAUCAAAAAUAAAAGUGCCCAGUGAUUAUGAGGCCAUCUAUAAGGAUGAAUGCGUCUAUUCGUACGACAAUCCAGAAUCUCCCACCGGCUUGUAUAUAAGUUUAACAAGCUUUUUGGGAUUUGGCGAAGAAUUCGUUCAGAAGUAUGCCGAAAAGACCGGCAAUUGUGUUUUCCUACACAUACGUAGGGAGAAAAUCUUAAAGGAAGAGGAUCAAGUUAAAGGUGGCGAUGAAGCCGGACCAGAAAGGAAGAUUACACGUUUGGCCAUUGGUGUGGAGGGUGGAUACAACGAUGCCAACACUAAGAAAUUUGAUUACAAAGAUCAUUACAGUAUUGUCGUGGCACCAGAUAUAAAAACGAAAUUACCAUAUCCGAAUAACGAUUUUCCCAUGAUUGUCACACAAUCUGUGGAGGCGAUUUUGGCCCAAGAUUCAGCUAUAUCGAAAUUAGAAAAGCAGACUCUGGCAGGUACUUGGGACGGUGAAGUUCGACAGGUUUCCAAAUAUUCCGAGAGCCUUACCCAACUGAACAAUGGCAAGAAGAUACCACCGUCUGGAUGGAAGUGUGAAAAGUGCGAUCUGACAAAUAACUUGUGGUUGAAUUUAACCGAUGGUUCAAUCUUGUGUGGCCGUAAAUUCUUUGAUGGUUCCGGUGGCAAUGAUCAUGCUGUUGAACACUAUAGGGAAGUUAACUACCCAUUGGCCGUCAAACUUGGCACAAUUUCCACAGAUGGCAAGGCAGACGUUUUUUCAUACCCUGAGGAUGACAUGGUUAUCGAUUCUAAACUUGAGGAACACUUGGCUCAUUUUGGCAUAAAUAUGGCAGCCAUGAAGAAAAGUGAAAAAUCAAUGGUUGAACUGGAAUUAGAGAUAAAUCAGCGUAUAGGCGAAUGGUCUUUGCUAACUGAAAGUGAAAGUGAGCUGCAACCUCUAUCGGGCGCUGGUUAUACAGGCAUGCGCAACCUGGGUAACUCGUGCUACAUUAACAGUGUCAUGCAGGUUUUGUUUACACUGCCAGAUUUCAUUACGAGAUUCGUGGGUCAAGGUGCUGAGAAAUAUUUCAAUGAAUUUCCACCAGAUCCAGCCAAUAACUUUAACAUCCAAGUAGCCAAAUUGGGAAACGGAUUAUGGAGCGGUAAAUACAGCAGCGUUGCAGAGAACUCUUUGGAUUCGGAAAGCACCGGAAUAUCACCUGCCAUGUUCAAGAAUCUCAUAGGCAAAGGUCAUCCAGAUUUCGGCACAAAACAACAACAAGACGCCUAUGAUUUUUAUUUACAUUUUAUUAAUUUGCUGGAACGCAAUUCACGAAAUCAAUUCAAUCCAAUCGAUGGCCUCACAUUUGGGGUAGAAGAACGUGUUGAGUGCAUGGCCAGCAAAAAGGUUAAAUACACUACACGUGAAGAGUAUUGCUUGCCAUUGGUCAUACCUCUGGAAAAGGCCACCAAUCUCGAUGAGGUCAAGGAGUAUUUGGAAAAAAAGGCAAAAUGUCCUGGUGCCACUACAAACGAUAAAGAUGUGGUACGCCAUAAAGUACCACUCAAAGCUUGCCUUGAUCGAUUUUUCGCUGACGAAAUCAUAGAUCAAUUCUAUUCCUCUGCCAUUAAAGGUACAACAACAGCUAAGAAAACGGCCAGACUGGCAAAUAUGCCCGAUUUUUUGAUGAUGCAUUUGCGUAAAUUCACUUUAUCGGAUGAUUGGGUGCCCAAAAAACUGGAUGUUUCCGUUCAAAUGCCCGACGAAUUGGAUUUAUCCAACUGGCGCUCUGCCGGCAAGCAGGCGAAUGAAGAAGAAUUGGUCGAUUCGGAACAAACAAAACCCGCAUUCGUAUUUGAUGAGAAUACCGUUUCGUCUCUCAUGCAAAUGGGCUUCCCACAAGAUGCAUGCAAGCGUGCUGUAUUUCAUACCAAGAAUGGAGGUUUAGAAGUUGCCUCCAAUUGGUUAAUGGAACACAUAGGCGAUGCCGAUUUUUCGGAUCCUUUUGUAAUCCCCAAUACCAUGUCAACAGGAAAUGUAUUCGCCCCCAAUCCUGAAAGCUUAGCCAUGCUUAUGAGCAUGGGUUUCGAUGAACGACAAGCGACAAAAGCCCUCAAAGCAACGGACGGUAACGUAGAACGUGCCACCGAUUGGAUAUUCUCUCAUGUAGAUGAUAUGGACAUUGCCGAAGAUGUUGCUCAUGAAGCAUCCGGCAAUACGAACCCCAAGAAAUCAUACCGCGAUGGCAAUGGCAAAUAUAAACUGGUGGCAUUUAUUUCUCAUAUGGGCACAUCUGCGCAAGUUGGCCAUUAUGUGUGUCACAUAAAAAAGGACGGCCAAUGGGUGAUUUUCAAUGACAGCAAAGUGGCUUUAUCACAAAAUCCACCAAAGGACUUAGGUUACCUAUAUUUGUAUAAACGCGAAGAAUAGACAUUUAGCCGCGCUCGAGUGUUCGGCCACCCUAGUCUUUGGUCAAUAACAAUAUAUGAAUGCUUUUUUACCUAACCACAUUUGUGCGGCUUUUGAUUACAAUUUUCAGAUUUAAAUAAAAAUAGAAAUCGAAGCACCA